UUUACUUCGAACAUGGCAAACAGUUGUUUCAAAUGCAAUGUGGAAUUUGAGGAAAAUGAAUCAUAUUUUGAAUGUGACUCAUGUAGGAGACCCAUUCAUACCAGCUCAGCUUGCUCUGAAUUAUGCCCCAGCGAAUUGAAAUGUAUGCACUUGAAAAGGAGAUCACUACAGUUUCUUUGUGAAGAAUGUAAAUCCGGUCUUCGUCAAGUUCCAGCUCUUAUUAAAGCUAUUUCCGACCUGAGAAAGGAAGUUGAAGAAAUGAAAAUGUGUAAGCCACCUAUGCCUCUGAAUAGCGUUAGUGAAAUAGAUAGAGAAGAAGUGAUUUCUGAAAUGCUUGAGCGUCAAAAUCGUGCAUCAAACCUCAUCAUGUUGAACAUUAAUGAAUCGCAAUUAAAGACUCAGGCUGAAAGAAUCUCACAAGAUACAGAAGCUGUUAAAAAAGUUCUU